AUUUAUUUUUUUUUAUGACACAGAAUCUGACGAAUCUUUUUUCUUUAUUUUCCUUCCUAUUCCACCACUCCCUACACAAUCACCACCGCCUCCGACUCUGCUACGUCUAUUUGUUUUCAUCAAAAAGCUUUAGCCCUUUAGUUUCUUAAAUUUAUCUCCACACCUUCAUAGCUGUGUACAGCUUAUUAAGCAAGUAAUAUCAUAAUUCCUCAUUAUGUAACGUUAAUUAUCAUUCUUUAUUAGGAACAAUGGCAGCCAAGGUUUCAAAUUUUGUAGGUUCUACCAAACCUUUUAUUUAUAGCAGAGUUGGUCCCAAAAUCUUUCAAAUUUAUGCGAUGGAAGAAAAUCUGGACGAUUUCGAACAAAAAUCCAUUAGUUGAUAAUCUAAUGAAUUUGACCAUAAAACCCUUAUUUUUGGCCAAUUAACUAAUUUUAGAUAGAAACCGUCCAGGGGUCAUUUUUGCCUGGACAAAUUUGAAAAGUUUGGGGACCAGCAUUGCUACUAAUCAAAAAUUUGGGGUAAAACCUAAAAACUUUGAAAGAUUUAAAACUGCACCUGCAAUUAUUCCUUCUUUGUUACCUAUAUUGAGUAUUGACACGAUUAAUAUAUUAGACUAGAUAAAAAUGACUCAUAUUAUUAUUGUUGUUAUUAUUAUUAUUAUAAUUUUAUCGAUAAAUGCAAACUUUCAUAGAUCAAAAUUCAUUUACAAGUAUACUAAGCAUACUCGGACAAUCAAAAGUCAAGUAAUCAAUACAUGUACACUGAGCAUACCCAAGUAGACAAACAUAAAAUGAUGUACAAACGAUGGUCUAAAGGCGCACUGCUAAAAACUCAAAUUGAAUUAAAAUAUACGAAUACAAAAUAAACAUAGUUUUGUAUAUGUGUGUUUUAAUUCGUCUAACAAUAAAGUCAACUUGAGGCUUAAGAUCUUCAAAAAUAUUUCUAUUCUUUGCCAUCCAAAUGUAAUACACAGUAGUUGCAAGUGCUAUACGUUUUGCUUUACUUUGCCAACUCUUUCCCCUGACUUCAUUUUUCAUCCACUUUAAUGAGCUCAACAAAGUAGCAUGUUACGCCUUAUAGCCAACCAACCACAGAUUUGGUCCCAAACAUCUUUGCUAACCGGGCAUGAAAAGAAAAGAUGAUGGACAGUUUCCUCCAUUAGUCCACAAAGAGAGCAGUUUCAGUCCAUUUGAAGAUAAUAACUCACAUUAUUAUUUAAUUAUGUUCAAUGUUGCCUCGUGAUCGGAUGGUGAUGCACCACUUACCGUGAUAUUUUUAACAAUAAUUUCUUGUGAUGGAUAAUGGUUUACAUUAGAAAAAAUAUAUAUAAAAUUGUUUGCUUAAGCCGACACCCCGUUCUCUAGGCUUGGACUGCUUGGUUGGAAGCUGGAGCCAAGGUUUUUGACUUAUUAUGGUAGACAAUUUUGCUGUUAUCUAUUGUAGAUCAUAAUGGUGCUUCUAUCUACUGUAAACCAUAAUGGUCUAUGCAAGCUUUUUUUAUUCAAAAAAUAAAAUAAAAUAAAAAGGAAUUGCACCCCUAGCAUAACUUUGGGGGGUGGGGGGAUUAUGUGAUGUAAUUUACACUUUUAGGUAGUGUUGGCCCAAUAAAAAAACUAGAAUUGGGCCAGACCCAUCUUGAUUGACAUUAGGUGUUAAACAAGCUCAGCCCUCCACGCACUGGCUCGAGGUAGCAUAUAAGGUGAGCUGGCUCGUUUCACCAACUAUGGACUCGACUCGCCCCACCAUGUCACCCCUACUAAAAUUUUCAUUUUCACUUACAGAUGACAUCCCAGCUUGUGAACCAGCUAACUUGCUUUGCUUGCACAUGAGCUAGCCCACUCGGCUUGCAAGCCAACUCAUGCGAGUUGGCAAGCGACUUGCAUGAGAAAUUUGUUGCUCAACUCGGCACCAACUAGUUGUCUUGGACGCGAGCCAAUCUGUUUGGUUGACAAUCAGUGGUGGCAAACAUUUCUUGUGUUAUUGGUGGUGUACUCAGCAUGGUCAUCCCCAUUCGAGUUAGCAUUUAGAGAAAUGGGAACGGGUCCACUCCUGCCUUUUGAUUUGGUGGUUGAUGCCUUCUUCGCGAUUGAUAUUAUUCUCACUUUUUUCGUCGCUUAUUUGGACAAAUCAACUUAUUUGCUUGUCGAUGAUCACAAGAAAAUAGCUUUGAGGUAUGUGUCAAAUCUCUGGUUACCAAUGGAUGUGGCCUCAACCCUGCCAUUCCAAUCCAUAUACAGAAUUUUCACUGGGAAAAGGCACCAGGGGGAGGUCUUUGGCUUCCUCAACAUGCUCAGGCUCUGGCGACUCAGGCGUGUUAGCGAAUUCUUUUCUAGGCUAGAGAAGGAUACUCGAUUCAGCUACUUUUGGACAAGAUAUUGUAAAUUGAUAUGUGUGACAUUAUUCGCUGUACACACGGCAGGCUGCUUCUACUUCUGGCUCGCGACUCAUUAUAGCCAAUCAGAUAAUACUUGGAUUGGGGCUCAAGUUCCUGAUUUUGAAGACAGGAGUGUCUGGCUAGGAUAUACCUAUUCCAUGUAUUGGUCAAUUGUUACCCUUACAACAACUGGCUAUGGAGAUCUGCAUGCAGAAAACACGGGGGAGAAAAUUUUUUCCAUAUUCUACAUGGUUUUCAACAUCGGACUUACUGCCUAUUUGAUUGGGAACAUGACCAAUCUCAUUGUCCAUAGCUCUGUCCGGACAUUUGCCAUGAGGGAUUCCAUCCAUGAGAUCCUGCGAUAUGCAAGCAAGAAUCGACUUCCAGAAGGCUUAAAGGAACAAAUGCUAGCACAUGUGACACUUAAGUUCAAAACAGCAGAACUUCAGCAAGAAGAAGUGCUGCAAGACUUGCCAAAGGCAAUCAGAUCUGGCAUCGCUCAUCAUCUCUUCCGCACUACAGUAGAAAAUUCCUACCUUUUCAAAGGAGUAUCUGAAGACUUUAUUGUUCAGUUGGUUCCAGAGAUGAGAGCAGAAUAUUAUCCCCCCAAAAUGGAUAUUAUCAUACAAAAUGAAAUACCAACAGAUUUCUACAUUAUAGUAUCUGGAGCAGUGGACGUAAUAACACACAAGAAUGGAACUGAACAGUUCCUCUCAAAAUUAAUGUCCCCAAGUAUGCUUGGAGAAAUUGGGGUGAUCUUCAAUAUUCCUCAACCUUUCACAGUUAGAACAAAGAGGCUUUCUCAGGUCAUUCGGAUUAGUCAUAAUCAUUUCAAGCAACUGGUGCAGCCGCUUAGUGAAGAUGGGAAGAUUUUUAUCUCUAAUUUUCUUCAGCAUUUGAGAGGCCUAAAGAAGGAGGAGCUAGAGGAGAUACCAUUUGUAGAAGAAUAUCUGGCUGACUCAAACUUUGAGGCCAUACAAACAAUACAUGAACCACAAAAUUAUGGGGGACUGAACCAAGAAUCAAACAGCAUCCCUACAUUUUAUGCAUCAUCAAGUACAAUUCCUGCAAGGGUCGUACUCCACGGGCAUCAUCCAGACGACAAACAAGAAGAAGAAGAAAAUGGGGGAAAACUAGCACAUCUGCCUGAUUCAAUGGAAGAUCUUCUGACAUUAGCAGAAAGGAAGUUGGGGAAAAGAGGAACCACAGUUCUUAUUGCCGAUGGCUCCCUAGUGGAAGAUUUAAGUGUUUUAAGAGAUAACGAUCACUUAUACAUAUUUUGAGAACAGCCACCUUGAGAAUAUGCUACUACAUGAAAUUAAUAUUUUUCAAUGAGUAUAGAGCAAGAAAAGAACAGGAUGAUGAACCAGAUACUUGUACACAUAAACAAAAUACACAAGCUUGAAAUUUACAAGUCAAGAUUGAAGACAAAUGGCCAACAUUAGAGCUUCAGUUGAGAUCUCUGUUAAGCAUGUU